AGCGCUGCCCGUGUACGUUCCAGCUGACUCUUGCUAUGAUACCGAGCGCUCGGUUUACCGAGUGUGCCCGGAGAAAGAAAGAGGUUGCGGAGGUUAGCUACAAAAAUAAAGAGAAAGAGAGAGCAACAAAGAGGGCAGCGGAAUAAUAACAGCCGUCCAUCCUAACCGCGUUAGCUCACAUUAACAUAUUAUAUAUGUUUUUAUUUGCAUACAUUUUUGAGUUUUUCGAGGUCUGUCUAUUCGAUUUAGUCUGAUUUUAUACUUCACUCAAAGUGUGCGGCAGACUGUGAAGGACUGAAUUUUAUUUCUGCCUCCAUGGACGCCCGUCUCAUACAGCUCAUUCGCUUUUUCGGGGAAUAUUUCUGUCCUGGCCGCGAGGAGCACCAGAUGAGCGCGAGACUGACAUACGUCAACAAAUAAGCGGUGAUCCCAGGGAAGAUCAGAGCCGUUCUUACAGAACGCGAAACAAUUGUCGUAAUACUUUUAAAGGAGCCAAGAGGAUGUCAAGAGGAUGAAGUAAAACUCCCAGCAGCUACUCACUUCAGUCAGUGGACCAUACAGGACGUCAGUUCACUUCACUAAUGGGUACGAAUUAGGAGAAGCGCCUUUAAGACGAAUUUUAACCGCUCAUAAACUUCGAUAUACAUCCUUAUUCGCGAAGCGAGGCAUUUACUCAAUUACCGAACUCAGUUUUUUAGUAUAUUUCUGCCUCUGGUUGGAACAUUUUUACAGUCAACUGUCUAGUGAUCUCAAAAGUUAUUAACUGGUCGAACCUGGACUAGGUGUGACACCAAGGAAUGUCCAGGCCAAUUUCUCAGCUAUUGCCACCCGACCUUCCAGCAGGGACCAGCCCGCAACUUGGACCUGCAAACCCUGCAGGUACCACCACCAAUGGCCACCUGAAUAAUUCCAUGGCCAGUCUGAAAUCCCUUCUUCAGCUGCCCAUUAAAGCGGACCAUAGAGGAAAAAACUGCUGUGAGAUGAAAGAUAAAGACAAACCUCUGGAUUCUGAUGAGGAUUCAUUGGGCGGAGUAGGAGGCAUGAAUGGAGGCAACGGCUCCCUGCGCUCCACCAACCAGUCCACCUUCCUUGGACCAUUGCUUUGGGAGCGCUCAUUGCCAUGCGACGGCGGCCUGUUCCAGCUACAGUAUAUGGACCUAGAGGAAUUCUUGACAGAGAACGGGAUGGGGUGCAUGCCUUCGGGAAACACUUGCAGUACUGCCGCUCAGGUCCCUUCCCAGAGCACGCAGUCGGCCGUUCCCAGCCAGAGCUCUCAGUGCCCCCCAUCUUCCUCUCCGCCGUGCUCUUCAUCCGCCUCCUCCAUCUCUUCCCUGUCCUCUUCAUCUUCAUCAUCCUCUUUGCUGGGUUUGGAUGUGCCGCAGGCCCCUGGAUUGUUGGGAGGUCCAGAGUGUCUGCAUGGAGCUCAAACUGUACCACCUGAUCCUUCUCCAAGCCCCUCCUGCCCACCUCCGCCUGUGGUGCCACCCACCAAUGUGGCUGAUGUCAUGGUGAACUUUGAUCCUGACCCCGCAGACCUCGCCUUGUCUAGUGUGCCAGGUCAAGAGGCGUUUGACCCACGCAGGCAUCACUUCACAGAGGAUGAGCUGAAGCCUCAGCCCAUGAUCAAGAAGGCCCGCAAGAUGCUGGUGCCAGAUGAACAGAAGGACGAUAAAUACUGGAGUCGGCGCUAUAAGAACAAUGAAGCAGCAAAGCGCUCUCGCGAUGCCCGCCGGCUGAAAGAAAACCAGAUUUCUGUCCGAGCAGCUUUCUUGGAACGGGAGAACGCCGCCCUCCGACAGGAAGUCGCUGAUAUGCGGAAAGAACUGGGCCGCUGUCGCAACAUCAUCAACAAAUACGAGAGUCGUCAUGGAGACUUAUGAAAAGGAGAGAUGGAGAAUAUAAGCAGAGAGACAAAAUUAACAGUUUUGAAAUAGCAUUUCAAGGGCUUUGCAGCUCAUCUUGGAAUGGCAUUUUCUCUUAGUGUUUGCUUCAAAUAAGCACUACGAUACUCUAUUCACAAAUUUACGUUUCUUCGUAAGUGCAGGGAUUGGCUGAAUUAGGUGGUGUGGUGCUUGGUUGAAUCAAAAACUUGAAAAUUGUGGGUUAAGUUAAACAGCCCCAGUGUAUGGAUGUCCACCAGGUCUACAUGUAAGCACAAGCGAUUUCAUAAGCUUCACGUGUUCUUUUACGAUACAACCCUGAACCCUGACUGUGGAUGUGCAAUCUCACAUAAAUACCCACGGAUAAUAAACGCAGAUGAUUUAUAAUGGCACAUAGCCCUUGUGAACAUCCUCUUUCUAUUCGGGAUGAUUUUCUCAGAGAGAGAAUUAUAUAGAUGGUGGUAGAGAUGUAAUUUUUUCUAUGACAUUGUAUAUUUUUGAACUGUUAGGGUCAGCCAUCAUAGAAUAGAAGAAGAGGAAAUGUGGAUGGUAACGAGAGAGUGAAGAGAUUUUGACAAAGGAAAACUGUAUAUUUUUAUAUUCGCAGAGGCAGGAAGAUGAUGAGAUUUUGGAAAUAAUCUUUUUUGUAUAUUUUAUAUAUGGGUGGGAGGGGCUACAGGGAACUGAACUGAAAGAGGGCUAUAUGAAGAAGUUUGUUAAAAGUCAAGAUCGUUAUCAUUAAUGAUACAUUUUCGACAUCAGGAGCAGUUAGGCAGGUCAGGAGGAACAUGACCAAAAGGGACAAAUGUCAAUAAGAGUCAAGAAAAGGAACAGAGAGCCGAGGUGAACUAGGACAGAGAAAAAUAGUAAACAUGAAAACUGUAUAGUUUAAGGAUGAUCACUUUUUUGUUUUUUAUUUCUUAUCUUUGAUUCCUUUUCUUAAAAUUCAGUGUGUUUGAUUUAUCCUGGGGUGAGAGUUGGAAGAGAGAAAGAGAGAGUGAAAAACAUUGAAAGUGCUUUGCUUCGAAAAGGCUUUGUUCAGACUGCACAUAAAUACGAUUUGUUUUUCAAAUCUAGUCUUUAGGACUGUUUGUUAUUUUGCAAGUGAUGAAAUCUGAUCUGCUUGUUCAGACAGUUUAGUCAAUUUACAGUAUAUCUGCAGUACAUCGGUUGCCAUAGUAAUGACUUAAGCGUCAACAGGACACCAAGACACAUAAGGUUUCAAUUUAUGACAGCUCUCCAUCAGUCAACAUAAGCAUCAGUUACAUAGUGAAUACCACAUGUGAGCAUGUUUAAGUGAAUUCAUACACAGCAGUUGACACACUGCUGUGCUUUGUGUUUGAUGCUGUGUUGCACGUGGUAUCCCAAGUGAUGAAAAAAAAACUACUUGAAAUCUGAUCUGACCAUUCAGCUUGAACUGUACAAAUCAGAUUUCUAACCACAUAUGGAUGUGGUUUGGCAACAUGAUCACACAGGAAGUGUUUUGGAAUCCUGGCAUUGACACUGUUAUGACAAAUAUCUGGCAUCAGCUCCUAUCAGACAUCUUUGCAUCAGUUCAAAUGUGUUUACCUUUUCCUGUGGUGCUACUGUGAGUGUGUUACAUAAGCAGUCUCAGAGACACAGGUUCUGGUCUUGUGGGAACCAGGAAGUAAUUGCUUUCACAUAAUCAAUGAUAACCAUGAUUCUAAGAUUGGGUUGGUGUUUGGGUUACGCCGAUUGGUUCAUAAAAUAUGCGGACCCACUUUAUAUUAGGUGGUCUUAACUACUAUGACCAUGACCAUUUGAUACAAUGUACUUAUUAUGUACAUACAUGUUGUUGCAUUGUAAUUACAUUUUAAGUACUUGCAUAUAAUUACAUUUGUAGUUACACUGUUAACUUUACCCAUAACCCAACCUUUACCCCAAAACCUAACUCUAACUCCUAAUCCUAACCCUAACCCUACUCCUAAACCGACCCGUGCCUCAACCUCAGUAGCAGCAAAUGUGGGUAUUUUACAGAACAACAUAUAGUUACACAGUAAAUACAUAGUCUUUUUAAUGUUAGUACAUAGUAGUUAAGGCCAACUAAUAUAAAGUGUGACCAAAUAUGCAUUCCUGUUGACUGUAUUAUGUAUUUUACAAGUCGAUAUUGGCAUCACUCUGUGGACAUUUCACCCGGAAGCUGGAGCUCACACGUGAUUAUAUGGUCAAAAACACUUCCAGCUUCGGCCACUGGGAACAGUGGUUCGAAUUUCGGUAAGCACAGACCGAUUUCAUCUAAAGAACUUUUGACCUACUGUUGCUGAAUUCACAGUGAUGUUUGUAAAAAUCUGAUUUUGACUGUUUAGACUUCAAGGAACUAAAAGCAUCUGAGUUUUUGCUGCCAGUCUGAACAAAGCCAAUGAUGGGUAGUUUCUACAACUGUGUACAAGAUUUUUCAGUGUACAGUGUAUAUUUAAAUGUUAAUACAAAAAUGUUCACACACAGAUAGUGAAACAAAAGACUUUCACAUGAACUGUUAAUCACGACAGCAAUAUUCUUUCUCUCGGUUUCUACAUCUCUUUCACUCUUCCUCAAACUUUUGAUGUUGGGAACUGCAUUGGUGCUGGUAUAGCAUCGGGUAUGUUGCAUGCUGGCGCAUACUUGCGUAUUUUUUCAAUGCAGGAAAACACUUGGGUUUACGACUGUAGUUUUAUAUGGUGCUCACCCAGUCUCUUGACCCAAAUGCACAUAACCCAACGCAGUUAUAACUUGUUUGCCAAUAACCCUUCUCUUUUUAGUUUCUUAUUACUGAUCAUUGUAUGAGGAAUCGUAUAUAUAUAUGUGUAUAUAUAUAUAUAUAUAUAUAUAUAUAUAUAUAUAUAUAUAUAUAUAUAUAUACACACACACACACACACACACACACAUAUAUAUAUAUAUAUAUAUAUAUAUAUAUAUACACACACACAUAGACCUACACAGGUAUAUUUAUACAUCUCCUCGAAAUUAACCCCACAUCCCCAAAAAAGAUAUGCACCCUGAUACUACUGUACCAUACAAAGUACAAUAUUAUAUUAUAUAUUAAAUAUUAAACUAUUCUCUCACUAGAUAUAUGUGUGUACAUGAGUAUAUGCUUGAAUAUGUGACUAUAGAUGUAAUUUGCAUAACUUGAAUAUAUAAAUGUAGUAUAUUUCCAAAAAAAGACCUGAUUGAUCAGUUUUCUCAGGCGUCACCAUGCUGAUCAGCAAAAUUGUGGCUUUUGCUUGAUUGUUGUCCACAUUUUUGGAGCCAGCUAACGGUGGCUGUAUAGUUCCAGAGAAUUUCACAAUGAAGUGAAUAGUGCACUACCAACAAUUUUUGGAGGAAUAUUCUGGUUGAAAGAAGAAAAAAAAAAAAAAAAACAGUGCUGGAUAUAUAACUUUAUUACUUUUUGUGUAGGAAUUAAAUGUAUUUUCCUUUUUAACCUUGUUGCUCUAUUAUUAUGAUUGCUUGCAUUAUCAUUAUUGUUGUAAUUAUGAUUAUAAUUCUUUUCAACAUUUUCUUGCAACAACUUUUCAAAGGCAAUGUAUCACUCUCUUACCUCCCUUUUAACUGCAAGACCAUCUUGAAUUACUCAUUUGAGCCCAUUCACUGUUGGAACCAUCCACCAAGACUGUGCAAGGCCUCAGGUGCAAUGGGGGGCCGUAAUCUUGUCCUUGUGUGGAUGAAUUUGAUAUAACCUGAAACAAACUGAAAAAUGACUGUUUCUUUCUCGACUGAACUUCUUCUACCAACUUUGACUUGGUGGUACUUUUGAUGCCAUGUCAAAGAAGUACAGUUUUUUUGUUAUCUUAGAACUGUUUAAAAGAAGCUUAAAGCAAGUUUUGAAAACAUGAAGGUUUAAACCUUAAAGAGUUUAAAAACUUUUGACAGUGCUAUUUUUCUAUGUAACUUUGUGCACCUACUCUCUUAUGGGCAUUAGUAGCUUGU